GGGGGCGGUCCGGGGCUUUAGUGGAGGUGGUGGUGGUACCCGCCCUCUCCUAGGCGGCGGUGUCGGUGUCAUCGCCGGGCCUGGCCCGCGAUGGAGGACGUGGGGUCAGCGGCGGCGCGGGUGGGCGCGGUGUGGCUGGGGCUGGUGCUCGCCCUCAUCGUACUGCCCUCGGUGCUGGGCAUCUCGCUGGGCAUCUCCGAGGCCUACAUGUGGGUCCUGAUGAAGACGCUGGAGUGGGCCACUAUACGGAUAGAAAAAGGUGUCAAAAAGCCACAGCCACAGAUGCUAAAGAGUCCUGCUGCUAAUGGUAUCAUUGAAAGAGAUGAAACGCCUAUGGAGAAAGAAAUUGCUCGUCUGCAUGAAGUGGACUUUGAAUUUUCAGACAUUUUCUACUUCUGCAGAAAAGGAUUUGAGGCCAUUGUGGAGGAUGAAGUCACCCAAAGGUUUUCCUCUGAGGAGCUGGUCUCUUGGAAUCUCCUUACAAGGACUAAUGUCAACUUCCACUACAUCAGCCUGAGGCUGACUGUUGUGUGGGUCAUUGGUGUUAUUGUGAGGUACUGCUUCCUGCUACCCCUACGCUUUACCCUUGCUGCUAUUGGGAUUACCUCAAUGAUUGUGGGGACAACAAUGGUAGGACAGCUACCAAACAGCAGUGUGAAGAACUAUCUGAGUGAACUGGUCCACCUCACCUGCUCCCGCAUCCUUGUCAGAGCUUUGUCUGGUACUAUCCAUUACCAUAACAAGGAAAACAAGCCCCAGAAAGGAGGAAUUUGUGUUGCCAACCACACCUCACCAAUAGAUGCGAUUAUUUUGACUAACGAUGGAUGCUAUGCAAUGGUUGGGCAGGUUCAUGGUGGACUAAUGGGAGUUAUUCAGAGAGCCACUGUCAAGGCUUGUCCUCACGUCUGGUUUGAACGCUCGGAAAUCAAAGACCGCCAUCUAGUGACAAAAAGGCUCAGGGAACAUGUGGCAGAUAAAAGCAAGCUCCCAAUCUUAAUUUUUCCAGAAGGCACCUGCAUAAACAAUACAUCUGUGAUGAUGUUCAAGAAGGGGAGCUUUGAAAUAGGAGGGACAAUCUAUCCAGUCGCAAUCAAAUAUGAUCCUCAGUUUGGAGAUGCAUUCUGGAACAGCAGCAAAUACAACAUUGUGAGCUAUUUGCUGCGAAUAAUGACCAGCUGGGCCAUUGUCUGCAAUGUCUGGUACCUGCCACCCAUGGUUAGGAAGGAAGAUGAAGAUGCUGUUCAGUUUGCCAACAGAGUGAGGUCAGCCAUUGCUCGCCAAGGAGGACUGACUGAACUUCCCUGGGAUGGGGGUCUGAAACGAGCAAAAGUCAAGGAUACUUUCAAAGAGGAACAGCAGAAGAACUACAGCAAGAUGCUAGUGAGAAAUGGAUCAAUAAUAAGCAUGUCUACAGGAGCAGAGUCAGACUGAAUGGCCGCUCUUGAAAAUUAACUUUGCACAACCAGCCUUAGCAGGAGUAAUUUUUUUUAAUGAAAAACCAAACAAAACAAAAAAACCCAACACAAGCCUACAAAAACUGGAGCAUCAAAAUCUAUCAUCACGUAUAUGCGUAUUCUCUGUAUGGCUGAGUCAAAGCCUGGUCUGUAUUUUUCUCUCCUUUUUUCACUCUUCUCGCUCCCUUGUUCCUCCCCAUCUUCAUGUGAUGAUGCACUGCUGCUCCUGGUAUUCUUGAGCCAAAUGUGUGGAGGUUAAAAGCAAAAGGAAAAAAGCACCAUGUUUUUUUCUGAGUUGGUAAGAGUGAAGGGAAGGACACUGAACAGAUGGUGUCAGGAUGCUGACUGUGAAGAUACCUCUUGUUCAUGGUACUUUGAAGCUUUAAACAUAACAAAAUUCUGUCUUUUUUCCUGUUCCUCCCAGGAGUGUAGUUGUAGAUGACUUAAAUAACAUGUUUUAGAAUGUUGUCAGAACUGUAAGCUUGACUCUUGCUUAGCUUGCACCUGGAUGUGCAAGGGUGGGGAGGGAUGUAAGGGCUGCAGGCUCUAAAGGAUGGGAAAGGAGCUGCCCUUCCAAAAGCACAGUUCACACAGACCAUGAGGAAUGUGGUAGCCUUACAACAUGGUAUUACCUUUACUGAGAGCUGCUACCUGAGGGAAGAUAAGGGGCAAGUCCUCAAUCUCCCUGUCCACUGCUACUGUCAGGAUUGCUUUCUUGAGAUCUGGAGCUGUAAAGAUACAGUAAGCAGCUGGGAUAAUGUAGGCUGUGACAGAUGAGUUUUUAUGAAGUUGGUUUUCAAGACUACCCUUCUGCAAAAAAUGCUGCUAAAGGUUUAAAGGUCUUGAGAGCCACUCCAGAAACACAUUUUGUGUUGAUCUGGGCUAGCAAUAGCUAUCACAAUUAUAAACAUAGGACUCAUAAGUCACCUGUGGUACAAGAUGUGGCACGUUCAAAUCUGCAAUAUAUUGCUGUCUGAAUGUAAAGAGAAAUAAAUUCUAUAUUUCUAAUGGGUCUUGCAUGGCA